AUGGAGACUAGCGAGGAAGCGGGAGGCUCGCGUCUCACGAGGUCGCCGGAGGACGCAAGAGAAGACAAAUAUAAUUUUCAGUUCUGGGUUCUUCUAAGGAGCUCUGGUUCUUCCUUUCUUCCGGGGGAUCUGGGUUCACAAGAGCCUAGAUCCACUAUCAUCUUGUCUUCGUCGUUGCCAAUUGCCAUCAGCGUCAAAUUCGUCUACCUCCAAAGAUUCGUCUACUUCCAGCCGGCGAAAGGGUUCUUCGAGGCAUGCGGCAAGCUUCGGCGAGAGAAGGAAUCGAUUUGGGUUUUGGUUUGGGGUUCUUGGAGGCUUGCAAAUCAACAUGCAAUAGCGACAAUGGAGCUGUGCGAGUCGACCGGUGACGAUAGGUUUAGCGACGUUCCGACCAACGUGAUAACAGAGCACAUUCUGACGCUGCUACCCAUUAAAGACGCAGCGAGAACCAGCAUCCUGUCAAGAAACUGGAGGCACCAUUGGAGAAGCAUUCCUCAACUCGUCUUCGAUCGUAACUUCGCUCCGCCUCAUUAUUUACCGGACGAUAGCGAAAAGGUAGCGGCGAACAUUCACCGAGCCGUGCUGCUUCAUGACGGCUCAAUCACCAAGUUCGAGCUCGAUAUCCCUGGAUUAAUGGGUGGCUGUCUGAAAAUCGACGACGAGUUGAUUCCUUGCCUUCCAAGCAAAAUUGUCCGGGAGGUUGCCCUUCUGUUUUCUGUCCAUCAGACCAAGGCCAAUCUCGAUUCCUCCUCUCUGUUUACUUCCUGCCAUCACCUGACUGUUCUGAAACUGAAGAAUUGCAGUUUCAGUACUGCACCGUCUUGUUUCGUGGGACUUCGUAAGCUUGCCGUUCUCGAACUCGAGGAUGUCGUCAUGCCUAAAUAUUUCCUUCGGAAUCUGCUGCCGGAGUGCACCUUGCUCGAGGAGUUGAGGGUUGUAAACUGCAGCAAGCAGAAGCUUGUGCUUCUAACGCCGUCUCUCAAAUUGGUCGUCUUUCGCUCGCUCGCUUCGGAAUUUCGCCUCAAUCCUGCCCCGCUGCUCUCGGUGCUAUCACUUCCAGAUGGUUGCGAUUACGAAUAUGAAAACACAUCUUUGCUUGCUCUGUUUGCUUCUCUCUCUGCGCUCAAGCAGCUGACUUUUGGGCUCAAUUCGCUGCUAUUCCCGGCUGAGAGGAAUGACCCCUAUAAGAUAGUUGCUAAUAAUGCGCAUCAUCCGCCUUCAGAUGAUAUUGAUAGCCUACAGAUGCUGUUAGGAGCUGAGGAGGAACAAUCUGGACUUGGUUGCCUUCAACAUCUUGAAGAGGUUCACAUUCAGGAUAGCCUCGCAACACAAGUCGAGCUGGAUCUUGUGAGAUUUGUUCUGGUCACUGCCCCACGACUUCGUACGAUAUUUAUUAAGCGUGCGUUAGAAUUAUCGAUCGACAAAGUCGUGAGAUUCUUAACUGAACUAAGGUGGUAUAAGUAUAUUUCCAAAGAAGUUGUGGUCGAAUAUGUAUAG